AUGUCUCUCACUGUGUUGACAGAUUCCGAUAUCAAACACCUUCUUCAAGACCUCACUCUCAAAGAUCUGGAAGCUUUCCAAGAUCAAAUGAGACAAGCUCUUCAUGAGUACUCUACAGGAACUCAAGAGGAUGAUUGCUGCAGCUUGCAUCAGCCUAGAAGAACAGUUCUUGAGUCAAAACACAAACGAACAACACUCUUCAUGCCGGCAACUGCAUCGGCAGGAAUUGGAAUGAAAGUUGUAACUCUUCCUCAACCAGGCUCAUCUAAUGAAAGUUCUGAUUCCGACGCCGUAUCUACCUCUUCAUCCAUCAAAAAUCCAAACACACCUCAAGGAUCUCUCACACUCAUGGAUAAAACAGGACUACCAUUUGGCUUUCUCAAUGCAUCGGAGACGACAGCCUUUCGCACAGCCCUAGCUUCCUCUCUUCUGAUUACACCUCGUACCAAGGUUAAAACUAUAACUGUUUUCGGUGCUGGGAAGCAGGCUUUUUGGCACAUCCGUCUCGCCCUCAUCCUUCGUGGCUCAACCAUAAAACAAAUAAAUAUUAUAACUCGCGCUUUCACAGACCGUGUUCGGGAUUUAAUGAAGGCAUUUCUCGAAAUACCCACUCCCACAAAAGAACGUGAAGGUUGGAGCAAUACAAAAUUCUCCGUUCUUAGCCCUGCCUAUGGAGAGUUUGCUCGGCUUGAAAAAGAAUACAUACGAGCCGCGGAUGUUAUCUUCUGCACAACUCCCUCUACAUCGCCUUUAUUUCCCCAUACUAUCUUGACCAAUACUGAAGGUCGCAAGCGAGGACGGCUCAUUGUCGCUAUUGGCAGUUAUAAACCUGACAUGAUUGAAAUACCUCUGGAGGUUGUGGCGCAAGCAGUUAAAGUUCAUGGAAGUGGCCAUCAUUUUCAUAGGCAUGCAGAGGAAGGUGGAGUAAUUGUAGUUGAUACUAUAGAUGGAUGCAAACAGGAAGCAGGCGAAAUAAUUCAAGGCAACGUAUCAGCAAAGAAUUUGGUGGAAUUAGGCGAAUUGGUCAUGCUGUCCAAUGGGAUUGAUCCUCUUAAUUAUUCAUCUGCUAUUGACGAUUCAGAUGAAUCCCCACGAAGCUCAUCCGACUUUCACCAUUUAAAUCCAAACGAUACUGGGAAUGGCAAUGCAACACCAACUCCCCACUCGCCACUCUCACCCUCCUCUCCACCCCUAGCCCGUAGCAUGGCCAACGUAUUCCACACGGAACAUUCUACCUCCCGUUCAUCAUCCCGCAGCCCCUCUCGUAAAUCAUCUUUCUCGUUUCGCAAACCCAGAUCCGGAUCCGCAAGUACAAAUACUACUGGUUCAAGUGGAAUGUUAGGAAAGGAGGUACAAACAGAGAAAAAAGAUGCGAUGAGUAGAUGGUUGAGUAGUGGGAAUGUUAUCUAUAAAAGUGUGGGAUUGGGACUUAUGGAUUUGGUAGUAGGGGCAGAACUGGUUAGAUUGGCGAGAGAAAAGGGGGGUGGGGAGAGGGAAGAGAGUGGAAGAGAUGGAAGGGGAGAAAAGGGCAAUAGUGCUUGGGCUCAAGGUAAAAACGAAGAAACAGAUGAGAUAUGA